GUCUUUCCCAAAUCUGCCUCGAGUUCCUGCCAAAGUUGAGAAGAUGAAACAUAUCGAUAUGAUAGACGCCCGGUAGGCUAUGCGGUUAUGCCGUGCAGUUUCUCACCCUCCACCCUUGCUCUACUUUAAGGUUGGCAAAGGCGCUAGUUUGGUGGCUAAAACUCACUGAGAUUUGAAUCCACCACACGAUCUCGGGCGAUGUCCUCCAAAAAUCCGAAGGCUAGAAGAACAAGGCAACUAAAGAAUGGCCCACAUACUAACAAACCAUCUCCUGAAGAUAAGCAGUCCCAGGACGACAAUGUGGUCCAGCUGCUAGGUGCCACUAUAUCAGCCAUCAACGCUACCAAAGAACUUGUGCCUAUCAAUCUGGCAAAAGGCAUCCUUGGAACGAUUGCGAACAUUUUGACUGUUGCGCAGUCGGUGAUCAAGAACAAAUCCGAUUUCCUGGGGAUAAUCAAGAAAUGCGCAACUAUCCGGAAUGUCCUUGAAAGAGCGACCAAGGAUGCUACUGAAGACGAUCUGCAAGGAUCUUUGGGAAAUGCCUUAUCAGAGCUUGAAAUAUCAGUGGACCGCAUCAAUAGCGAAGUAGCUUCGAAGACGAAGCACAGAUUUUUCCACAGGGUCUUCUCUAUCACAAUUGACCGCGACCAGAUCGCUGAAUGGGAAAAGGAUUUAGAUCGCUUAGUGGCACUCUUCAACUUUGAAGCAAUCGUGGGCAUCUCGAUUGACAUGAAGAAAUUGACUUCGGAACUCAAGGGAAAUGCCCCUGCUAUCAAUGUUCCACAGUAUCACCCAAUAGAGCCUCCGUCACGACCUUCCAUGUUUUAUGGCCGUAAUAGUCUCGUAGCGGAGUUGACGAAUCUUGUCAUCAACUUGAACGAUGAACAUCUUGCGUUAAUCGGUCCAGGAGGCAUCGGAAAGAGUUCUCUUACCAAAGCUAUCCUUCACGAGCCAGUUAUCAUGGAAAAAUUUGCCGACAGACGCUACUUCGUGACCUAUGACGGCCUGGAUCCUUUGACCAUCACUUUUCAAACCUUUAUGUCUCGUUUUUCUGGAGCCCUUGGCAUGGAGCUUGCUGGUGCUGAUCCUGUCCGCCAAAUAACCUCCUUUCUUCGUUCCGCUAGUGCCCUCGUCGUUCUCGAUAAUGCUGAGACCUUUGAAGAGGCCGGUGGGUCUUCGGCGCUCAGGGAAAUACCAUCAGCUAUUGCUGAAAUUGCAGACGUCCCCGGUGUCACUCUGAUUCUCACGUCACGUAGUAGAAGGAAUGCGCCCAACGUGCAGUGGAUAAUGAAGGACAUUCCACCAUUGGAUUCGAGCUCUGCUCUGAAGGCUUUCUUUCGAAUUUACCGUCCAGCCAGUCGUGAAAACGCGGAGGAAGGAAUAGCAAAUGUACUUCAGGACUUAGAAUAUCACCCGCUUUCCAUCAAUCUACUCGCAAAUGCUGCACAGCAAAAUGGUUGGUCUCCGGCCAUACUGCUGGAGAGAUGGAAGGAUCGACACAGUGCGGUACUAGACCAUGGCGAGGGAAAGCUCCAAAGCUUAUCAUACACCAUGCAGCUGUCGCUCAGCUCGCCGUCAAUCCAGAAACUCGGAGAGGAGGCUCGGCAUGCUUUGGCUGUCAUCGCAUUCUUGCCCCAGGGUCUCAAUGAGGCCCUGUCCAAGCGCAUUUUGCCAUCUACCCUGCAGAUCGACAACAUAUGUGAUGUUUUAUGGAGGCAAUCUCUCGUUUAUCGUCAAGACGGCUUCGUCAAAAUGCUCGCACCCAUUCGACAUUAUGUGCGAGAUUCGUUGCCACCACCUGACUCCACAUGUUUGGAAGAGAUACGCACCUUCUACUAUUGACGCUGUCCAACAGUGUUCGGAAGAACGAGAUGACUAUGCUGAUAUCAUUAUCUCGGAUCACCUCAACAUCGAGCAUGUCGUUGCUUUUCGACCUCGCCCACAUCCCUGAGGAGACUUAUCGCGCUUGCUGGGAAUUUCUGGAUCGCUUAGAGCGGCAUCUUCCUCGCCCAACUACCCUUACCCCCGCUAUUUUAAACAUCGUCGAGAACUCCUCCACGUGAAUGGCCCAAAGCAAACUGCUUGUGGUAUCUCGGCUGGCUCUACAUCACUCUUUCU